GCCAUGCUUGGAGAUCGGAGACUUUACGUCAGCGAGGUACUCAUAGCGAGACUCGCGGCAUGCGAGGAGGACAGCAGGAACUCGGCAGCAGUGGGUUUUCUUGGGCUUCGUGCUCUUCAAUUGGGUGAUUAUUUGAGGCUCCGGCGCUGCGAAACCCCAGAUCUUCAGUCGCAACUCAAUGGGAAGCUUACGGAAGGAAUGGAAUUCUUGGAAGGGAAUGGCGAGAGAGUUGAUUGGAUGACUGACAAGAGAGUUAGUGAGAUUACCAUUGAGACAACUGCCGAGAAUACUUACAGAGGACUCUUGAGAGCACUACCAAGAGAACCAUUGACAGGACCGUUGCGAGGAUCGGCAGAAGAGGCUUCAAGAGGAUCGCUGGAAGCAACAUUGAGAAAUCCCUUGGGAGAAUCCUCGAGAGGACCGUUUGAGUUGGAUGUAGCCAUUGCGGAUAGUUGGGAGAAGGUUUCGAGGAGUGAAGGUGGUGUUGGCAAGGCUGUCCCCCAAGUUCCUCUUUCAAGGAUAGGAAUUGUUUUUGAAAGAUCGAGGGAGAUUAUUGUGGGAUAAGAGUUUAGAUUUCUUC